AUGCUUCUUCCAGCACUCAACAUUCCAAAAUGGCUUGAAGAGAACUCUCACCUUCUCCAACCACCCGUCAAUAACUAUUGUGUCUACCACCCCUCCCGGCCAGAGACAGCCGGCUACACAGUCAUGAUAGUCGGCGGGCCGAAUGCCCGAACGGAUUACCACAUCAACACUACCCCCGAAUUCUUCUACCAAUACCGAGGCUCAAUGCUGCUGAGGACAGUUGACCCUUCAACCACACCUCCCACAUUCCAGGACAUCCCCAUUCACGAGGGGUCGAUUUUCCUUCUCCCCGCAAACACACCACACUGCCCUGUACGGUUCAAAGACACCGUCGGCGUGGUGAUGGAGCAGCCUCGAGCCCCGGAUGCGGUGGAUGCUAUGAGAUGGUAUUGCCAAAACUGCAAGGAGAUCGUGUGGGAGAAAAAGUUUGUCUGUGUUGACUUGGGGACGCAGGUCAAGGCUGUUGUGGAGGAGUUUGCUGCCGACGAAGAAAAGCGCAGUUGCAAGGCUUGUGGAACAGUCGCUGCGUCAAAAUAUGCAGAUGGAGAGAUUGUGCAGCCGCCGACUGUCCCUGUAUAG